AUGGGAAACGCACUGCCUGCUGCCAACAGAGAGCGUUUGCAUCUGCGAAAUCUGGCUUGCAGCCUCGGCCGCAUGCCCCGUGAAGAUUGCCGGGAAGCAAAGAGGCCCAUGGAAGGGCAGCCGUGGCCAAGGGGCGCAGGCGUCGCCUUUACGAUGUUCAUAUUUGCGCGGAGACUGGGGCUGGCAAGAGGAUGGCAGUAG